UCACCAGGCUAGAGAGGCAGCACUGGGCUCCAGGGCAGAAACAUCUCUGUUUCCGGGAGCGUCAGCUUAGGCCAGUCGCACGGGCUGCUGGGACUCGUAGUUCGCACGGCUCUUCUCCCGCGGCUGACGGCGAGGAGGCGGACUACAGCUCCCGUCAGGCCAAGCGGCGCCAGCGGGGUCCUGCACACGCGCGGCUGGGCAGCAGGUUCGCGUUGUUGUAGCUUCGAGUAGGCGGCGCACAGUCGGUUGCACGGUGGCGUCAGGGGCCAUACUGUUCAGUGAAGAGGCUGUGCUUCUAGAUUUUUUAAAAGAGAAUUUCAAGCUAUUGCUGUGAUUGAUCUUCUGUUUUCUGGCCUGGAAGACAUUCAGGGAAAGAGGAAGAGAUGGCAGUUUCUUGGGGAUAGGAGGAGAAAGAGAAAGAAUCAUAUAUCACUCUAGUACAUAUGCUGCCAGGGAUUGAACUCAGGACCUCAUGCUUGAGAGUCCAGUACUUCAUCCAAUGUGCCACCUUGGGGACCUCAUAAACCAGGGCUCAGUGACCUAUGAAGAUGUAACUGUGAUAUUCACUCAAGAAGAGUGGGCACUAUUGAAUCCUUCAGAGAAGAAACUCUACAGAGAUGUGAUGUGUGAAAACUUGAGGAACUUUCUUUCAAUAGAAAAAAUACUAGAACAUUCCACCAAACAGCAGCAUAACUUGCACGGGAGUCAACAAAGUAAUACAGCAGUGAAAAUACCUGAGGGCCAAAAAAUUCAGAAUGGUAGAAAAUCUCAAGAAUAUGAAUCAUACAACAAAUUAUUCACUUAUUCUAUUCAUCUUCAACAACAUGAAAGAAUUUACAGUGGAGAGAAACCCUAUGAAUGUAAACUAUGUAGUAAAACAUUCAGUUGUUCUAGUAGUCUUUUGGCACAUAAACGAAUUCACAGUGGAGAGAAACCCUAUGAAUGUAAACAGUGUAGUAAAACAUUCAGGCAAUCCAGUAAUCUACGUCAACAUGAACGAACUCACAGUGGAGAGAAGCCCUAUGAAUGUAAACUAUGUAGUAAAACGUUCAGUUGUUCCAGUAGUUUUUGGGCACAUAAGAGAAUUCACAGUGGAGAGAAACCCUAUGAAUGUAAACAAUGUAGUAAAACAUUCAGGCAAUCUAGUAGUCUUAAGGAACAUGAAAGAACUCACAGUGGAGAGAAACCCUAUGGAUGUAAACAGUGUAGUAAAACAUUCAGUUGUUCCAGUCAUCUUCGGGCACAUGCAAGAAUUCACAGUGGAGAGAAACCCUAUGAAUGUAAACUGUGUAGUAAAACAUUCAGUUGUUCCAGUAGUCUUCGAAAACAUGAAAGAAUUCACAGUGGUGAGAAACCCUAUGAAUGUAAACUAUGUAGUAAAACAUUCAGGCAAUCCAGUAAUCUUCGGACUCAUGAAAGAACUCACAGUGGAGAGAAACCCUAUGAAUGUAAACUGUGUAGUAAAACAUUCAGUUUUUCCAGUAAUCUUCGGACACAUGAAAGAAUUCACAGUGGAGAGAAACCCUAUGUAUGCAUACUAUGUAGUAAAACAUUCAGUUGCUCAAGUAGUCUUCGGACACAUGAAAGAAUUCACUGUGAAGAGAAACCAUAUGAAUGAAAACUAGUAAAGCACUCAGUGCUUCCAGUAUUCAGGAAUAUGAAAGAAUUCACAGUGGAGAGAAACCCUAUGAUUGUAAACUAUGUAGUAUAACAUCUCUUUGUUUCAGUCAUCUUCAGACACAUGAAAGAAUUCAUAGUGCAGAAACCUUAUGAAUGUAAACAGUGAAAGCAUUCAUGGAAUCUAGUUCUCUUCAGUUACAUGAUAGAACUCACAGUGGAGAGAAAGAAACCUCAUGAAUAUAACCAUGUAGUCAAGCAUUAAUUUAAGUCAGUGUUCUUUGGAGACAUGAUAGAUAUCACAGGGGAGAGAAACCCAGUGAAAGUAAACAGUACACUGAUUCAAGCCAGUUAUCUUUGUCAAUAUGAAAUAACAGAAUGGAGAGAAAUUUGAUAAAUGUAAGCAGUGUUGAAAACAUUGUGUUAUUCUGCUCACUGUAGACAUGAAAGAAUUCACAGUGAAACAAAACCCCAAGAAAAUCAUAAAGCUUUCAGAUGUUCCACUAAUUUUCAAGCACAUAAAAAUAUUCAAAAUGGAAAUUAAUAUUUUGUGUAUAAACUGUACUAAAGAUUAGAGAGAGAGAUGCAACCUGAGACAUGAUGCAGAGGCUUGUGGUUCAAUCUAAUAUCUCCUAGGUGUGAGCUUCACUACAUUGGCUAGAGAUGUGUUGUUUUUAUUGUCUCUAUCUCUCCAUCUUGUGUUAAUAUAUAAGUAAAUAUAUCUAAAUAAUUGUAGGGAUCACAGGGCCAUGUGAACCCAUACCUCUGAAUAUUAUAUGGAAUAUGAGUAAGUACUUUGAUUCUUUAUCAUAAAUUCUAAUAUAUGAAAAAUUCCACUUGGUACUGAGAACUUCUUGAUGUCAACAAUGCUUAGAUGUGUUCAAAUCAAUAAUAAUUUUUGCACAUAUAAAAUCACUGGCAUUAUAAAAGCAAUUCUUAUCAUGUAGACAUUGUAGAAUGACAGACCUAGAAAGGAACUUGUCCUGGAGAGACCAGUGAAUGUAAAACAGUAGAAUAAUAAUGGAUGCUACAAUAUGUGAAUCUUUAUUUUCUUUUUGAAUAAAUUGUAUCUGGUUGAAAAGUA